GGGCGGGGCCACGUGGCUCCUCCUUGCGGGCGGAGGCCUGAGGUGCUCGGCGGCCACCGGGUACCGACUGGUCACGAACUUGUGUGAGGUGGACGUUCCUGCCGCUGAGAAUGAGGGGGUGCGGCCGCCGUUCUGGGCCGCCGUCGUGGCUGCUGCUGCUGCUGCUGCCGCCGCUGUGGCUCACGGUACCGGGUGCUGGCGCGGCCCAGCUCUCGGUGCUCUACUCGUCCUCCGACCCGCUGACGCUGCUGGAGGCGGACACGGUGCGCCGGGCGGUUCUCGGGUCCCGCAGCGCCUGGGCGGUGGAGUUUUUCGCCUCCUGGUGCGGCCACUGCAUCGCCUUUGCCCCGACGUGGAAGGCUCUGGCCAACGACGUGAAGGAGUGGAGUCCAGCACUGAAUCUUGCUGCCCUGGACUGUGCUGAUGAGACUAAUAGUGCUGUCUGCAGAGACUUCAACAUCCCUGGCUUCCCAACUGUGAGGUUCUUUAAGGCCUUUUCCAAGAAUGGCUCUGGAGCAGUGUUGCCAGUGGCUGGUGCUAACGUGCAGAUACUACGGGAGAGGCUGAUUGAUGCUCUGGAGUCCCACCGUGACACAUGGCCCCCAGCCUGUCCACCACUGGAGCCUGCCAAGAUGAAGGAGAUUGAUGAAUUUUUUGCAAGAAAUAACAAGGAGUAUCUGGCCCUGAUCUUUGAAAAGGAAGGCUCCUACUUGGGUAGAGAGGUAACUCUGGACCUGUCCCAGCACCAAGGCAUAGUGGUGCGCAGGGUCUUGAACACAGAGGACGACGUGGUGAGAAAGUUUGGUGUCACUGAUUUUCCAUCUUGCUACCUGCUAUUUCGGAAUGGCUCUGUCUCCCGAGUCCCUGUGCUGGUAGAAUCUAGGCCUUUCUAUACAGCCUACCUGCAGAGGCUGUCUGGACUUACCAGGGAAGCACCCCCAACCACAGCUGCACCAGCCACAGCUGAUAAGAUAGCACCCACAGUAUGGAAGUUUGCAGACCGCUCCAAGAUCUACAUGGCGGACCUGGAAUCUGCAUUACACUACAUCCUACGGGUAGAAGUGGGCAAGUUCUCAGUCCUGGAGGGGCAGCGUCUGGUGGCCCUGAAAAAGUUUGUAGCAAUAUUGGCCAAGUACUUCCCUGGCCAGCCUUUGGUCCAAAAUUUCCUGCAUUCUACAAAUGACUGGCUUAAGAGACAGCAGAGAAGGAAAAUUCCCUACAGUUUCUUCAAAGCUGCCCUGGACAGCAGGAAGGAGGACUCUGUUCUUCCUGAGAGGGUAAAUUGGAUUGGCUGCCAGGGUAGUGAGCCACAUUUCCGGGGUUUUCCCUGUUCCCUGUGGGUCCUCUUCCACUUCCUGACUGUGCAGGCAAGUCAGCAUAGUGAAAACCACCCGCAAGAACUAGCCAGUGGACAGGAGGUUCUCCAAGCCAUCCGGAAUUAUGUUCGGUUCUUCUUUGGCUGCCGAGACUGUGCUGGCCACUUUGAGCAGAUGGCUGCUGCCUCCAUGCACCGAGUGAGGAGCCCAAAUGAUGCAGUUCUCUGGCUCUGGACUAGCCACAACAGAGUUAAUGCUCGCCUCUCAGGUGCCCCGAGUGAGGACCCCCAGUUCCCCAAGGUGCAGUGGCCACCUCGUGAGCUGUGUUCUACCUGCCACAAUGAACUUAGGGGGGUGCCUGUGUGGGACCUCGGUGCCAUCCUCGGUUUCCUCAAGGGCCACUUCUCCCCAACAAACAUCAUCCUAGGCUUUCCUGCAGCUGGACCAGCCCCCCAGAAGGGUACACGGAGUUUGACAGCCACCUCAGAGCUGGAGAUGGAUGUCCUAGAAUUGGCGACCAGAAGUUCAGUGCUAGGUCAUGAGGAGACUGAUUCUGCAGAGUCUCCUGGAACCAUUGUCCUAGAUGUUCCGACUAAGAAGCCUGAGGCAAGUGGCCCCACAGAACUGUACACAGGCCUCAGGAUGAGUGGAGCUGCACCAGGGCAGGGGCCUCCUGAGCACAUGGAAGAGCUUCAGGGGGAUAAACUGGAGCAGCACCAGGGCCAGCAAUACUUGAGCAAGCGAGACACUGGGGCUAUAUUGCUGGCUGAGGUGAACCACCUCCAAGGCCCUUUAGAACUGAGGCGAGGGGGCCGAAGCCCCAAGCAGCUGGCUAGCAUACCUGAAGGGGAUCCAGAGGCCCAAGCUGUAUGGGGCCAAGGCCAGUGGCUACAGGUGCUAGGAGGAGGCUUUUCCCACUUGGAUAUCAGCCUCUGUGUGGGACUCUAUUCCCUGUCCUUCAUGGGCUUACUGGCCAUGUAUACCUACUUCUGGACCAGGCUGAGGGCUCAGAAGGGCCAUACUGCUUACCCUGCAUCCUGAACUGUCCAUGGAGAGGGCAGGAAAGGAAGCUGGCAUCCAUAGGGCUGGACCUUGCCCUGGCCUCUUCUUUACUCCUUGUCCCAUAUCUAGCCUAGGAGGAUGGAAAGUCCGGGAAAAUCAGUUGCUCCACUGAACCCCUUGGGUUUGCUGUGAAGGAUUCCAUAGACAAAAGACAAAAAUGGUCCCAAUCUCAUCUGAUUAGCAUGGGGUGCAGCAGCCUCAGGCAGGGGGUUCAGGGAGGCUCAGGCCCUAGCUUCAGCACCAAAUUCCUGUUUUUCAGCUUAUGUGAAGUCCUGCUCUAUUCUCACUGAAGCCUCAAUGUUUCCUGAUUAGUCUUGGCCUUACAUUGAGGGAAACAAGCCCAGAGUUCACAAGGUUUCUCAUCGAGAGGAGAGGAAUACUGGAUACUCCUGGGCUGGAUAGGCUGGAGUGGAUCUCCUCAUUGCAUUCUGAGGCUCUAUCUACUCCUCUCCCUUCACGACAUGAAGAAAAGGAUCACUUCUGACCUCUCUGGGCUACCCAGUCUCCAGCUCCCCAGACCUGAAUGGGGUUUGGCUUUAGUGGUGGAUCUGGAAUGUUCAAGAAAUCAUUCUGGUCUCUCACAUUCAGACUAGGUUUCUUCUGCAGGAGUGUAGGUUUGGAUUGGUGUAGACUUGCCAGGCUGGGUGGGUAACAGCUACUGGGCUGUGGACUGUGGUGUUUACUCAUGGGCCUGAUUGAGAUGGGGACAGGUGACGCCAGGAUCUGUAGUGCCUUAGUUCUGGGCUGGCUAUGAGAGAGAGAGAGAGAAUGAGAGGAUGGGCUCUUUCCUUCUCUGAGCUGGGGCUCUUGUCUUUUAUUUGGUUUCCAAAAUCAAUGCUAACGGUUGGAUGUGGAGGGUGCUGGGUUGAGGACAGCAAGGGGAGUGUUUCUCUCUCUCUCUCUCUCUCUCUCUCUCUCUCUCUCUCUCUCUCUCUC